CCGUCCCUCUUUUCUCUUUUUCUUUUUACAAACAAAUCUACUUUAUAACAGUAAAUAAAAGGAGGACGAGAAAAAAAUUGAAGCGAUCGCGAUGGACCAGUUAAUACAAAUCGUAAAAAUCUACAUCGUACCACGACUUAAGCAUAACAAACGGUCGAUUAGUGCAGCGACUGCAGCAAUACUUGCAGUAUACUAUGUUUACCAGAAAAUCAACCGACCGCCUCGAUCCCUACGACAUAUCCCCUAUGUAAACGGAUUCGAAACAAUCAGUGCCCUUCUCAACAAAGAGCCUCUUGAUGACGUUACAGAUAGAAUUAGCCUUCCUUUGGUACUCAAGACGAAGCAUGGAAUGUAUUCGCGCAUUACUCCAGCUGGAUGGCAGGUUGUCAUUAGUGAUCCAGCUAUUGCGAAACAGUACUUGUUCGAUUCAAAUACUUUUCCUAAAGUUCCACUCAACAAGCACUUUGAAGAUACCGUCAUCGGAAGGUUCAUUAUCGGACCCAACAUUCUGUUCCUUUCAGGACAGCAUUGGAAGAACCAACGCAAGGUUGCUAACCCUGCAUUCCAUCGAUCAAUGCCGCUGGCAUUGUUUGGACGACUCACUGAAAACCUGUUCCAAGUCAUUGAUAAGUCUGACGGGAAAGCGGUUGAUGCAUAUGAUUUGAUGGAAAGAUGGACUCUCGAUGCGAUCGGAAAUGCAAGCUUUGGUUUCGAUUUCGGAUCUAUUAGCGAUAGCAAUAACCAAUGGGUGCAUCGCUACAACGAUGUGGUGGAGGCAACAUCUGAUCCAAUCUAUGCCUUUUUCCCGGUCCUUGAACGGAAAUAUCUCCAUUGGUUCCCCAAACGCAAGAGAAUCCACGAUGAGCUCACCGUAUUUCUUGACAUGAUCCAGCACAUUAUCGAUGAGAAGCGAAGAAAACGUGCUGAUUCUGCUCAUAGAGAGGAAAAAAAAGAAAAGGAUCUUUUGGAAAUGAUGAUGGAGAGUGGAGAGGAUGACGGUAACGGGUUGACCGAUGAAGAACUUAAGAGCAAUCUGUGUGUCUUCUUCUUCGCUGGUCAUGAUACCACUGCCUCUGCUCUCUCAUUUGCUAUAUAUUACCUCGCCAAGCAUCCGGAGCUACAAGAAAGGGCCAGAGAAGAAGCAUACCGAGUGCUAGGCAAUGAGCCUAAAGAUAUUGGUCCGACUGUCGAACAGUCUCGACAAAUGACAUAUAUUGAUCAGAUCAUUAAAGAGGUUCUUCGUAUUGAAGGCCCGGCUGACUCACUUAUUAGUCGUAAUGCCAAUAAGGAUACCGAGCUUGGAGGUGUAGUCAUCCCCAAGGGAACUGCUGUCACUGUCAGUCUCUAUAAUCUUCAUCGAAACCCAAGAGUGUGGGAUAACCCAGAUAAAUUUGAUCCGGAAAGAUUUGCUUCUGGUGGAGAAGCCGAUUUCAAGGAUGCCAAUGCCUGGAUUCCAUUUAGCACGGGUUCUCGACAAUGUAUUGGUAUGAACUUCAGUAUGUCUGAGCAGCGAUUCCUCUUGCCUAUGCUUUUGCGAAAGUAUAAAUGGACGUUACCCAAAGACACGAUCCAUGACAAGAAAAUUAUCAUUGAACUGGGACUGGGCGUCAUCAGCCCAAUUAAUUUCAAUGUAAUAUUUGAAAAGCUGUAUUAAAUCACCUUUCUUACGUGUACGUAAACUAUAUAUCCUUAAAAUAAGUGUGUAUGUAAUAUCUUUAUGUAGUUUUUAUAUGCUCUUAUAAUUGCUAUCAAAUAAAAAUGAGCAUAAAGAACAUACAUUGUUUAUCUGCUCAAUCCGUAAAUAAAGAUUUCAAAAGAUG